AUGGCCGAGAAGUGGGCCGAUCUCCUCCCCGGAGUUGCUAGAACUGUGCUCAAGAUGGCUUCUUCUAGAGGACUGGUUCGCAUUCCGAUCCUUGUGCCCAACAUGGCGUGCUGCGGCAUUCGAAGAGAGGGCACUAAGGAGUGGAAAGUGUUGACUUGGCAGGGCGAUCCUGUUCUUGAUGUCAUAUAUUGUAAGGGGAAGGUCGUUGCAGUUAACCGGUCAGGUGAUAUAUUAGCGUGUGAUGCGGAUGGAUCAGAUCCAACGGUUCAAGUUAUACUAAAGAAGCCUCUGGAAUUUCGAGAUCACUUAGCGUUUUUCGUGCAGCUAUAUUUGGUGGAGUCGGCUGGCCGUUUGUUGCUGGUUGCACGAUUGGCACAACUAGAUGGUGGAACCAAAGGAUUCCGGGUUUUCGCCAUUGAUUUGGAGGCUAGAAAGUGGACGGAGCUCGAGGGCAUGGGGAGCACGUCCCUCUUCGUGGGUUUUAGCUCUUCCUUUUCGGUACAAGUUGAUGAGAACCGGCAGGCUAUCAAACCGAACCGUAUUUACUUUACCAAAGAUGUCCCUUAUCAAGGUAAUGAAGGCAAGGAUGUGGGAAUAUAUGACGUGUAA